AUACAGUAAGCGCAUUGCCGACCUUAAGGAAUGUCGAGAAGAAGCUACUUCGAAAAGUGGGAACUUACACCGAGAGAGGCGUCUCUUCCUGAGGAGCACGGUGAAGGAACUCAGCAUCAUCCUCGCCGAAGAACCUGGCCUGCUGGGACCCAAGAUCCUCUUCGUCUUCAUGGCUCUGUCGUUUUCCCGCGAUGAGAUUUCUUGGCUCGUACGUCACGCCGAAAACAUCACCAAAACCAAGAGUCCGGAAGACUACGUGGACAGUAACAUCGCCGAGUUGAUGUUUGUGAUGGAGGAACUGCGAGGGCUGCUGCACAAGUACAAGAAGAUAAUUCAACGUUACUUUGUCCUGUAUCUGGCCCACUUCGAUGCAGUUGUUCUCAAUGAAACAAUUCAGAACCUCUCUGUUUGUCCUGAGGAAGAGUCUGUGAUUAUGUCAUCCUUUGUGAAUAGUAUGACGUCGCUGAAUAUCAAACAAGUUGAAAAUGGAGAGGAAUUUAAUUUCAAAGGAUUCCGACUGGAUUGGUUUCGGCUCCAGGUAAGGAUCUGACGGGAAUAGCCCUCC